AUGAAAAUUGCCAGCGUUGGACCGUGUAUUUGGUACAUUCCCAGGCUUUUCGCCGGCACCGCCAGUGAUUUGUUUCAUUCUUAUCACCAAGCUACCACUCAUCAAAGAGCCAAGGGACAAGAGACGCUGGAAAAUAUUCUAACUGAUUUGGCAGCUAUGGGGAGAAUGCUUGGAGCUGCAAAUAUGUUCUUCGUGCACAGCCUUGCGACCCCGAUGAAUCCUCGCUGA